UCAUUCCGAAUUAGUCCUUCUCGAGUUCACUCUAGUGUUGGAGAGUGGUGUGAGUAAAUGAAAAUGGAGGUUUUGAUGUUGAUUAAUGAUUUAGCUUGCUAGUGUCUUUAUGGAGUAAUUGAUAUCUACCCAUUUCCUCGGACGGAACAAUAGUGGACUUGGAGACAAAGGAAAUCUCGAGAUAGCAUGAUAGUAGAGGUGUGUCCACAACAGCAGAUGAGGGAAGAUGUUGGCUAUGGACCAAGGAGUGGUGGAGGAGUGGCUGUCAGAGUUUAAGACCCUUCCUGACAGUGCAGUGUCCAGCUACGCAGCGUCUCUGAAGGAGAAAGGCUCCCUGGUCCCAGCGCUCUAUAAAGUCAUCAGGGAGAACUACAGUGAUUUGUUGGAGCCAGUGUGUCACCAGUUGUUUGAGUUCUAUCGUAGCGGAGAGCCACGGCUGCAGCGGUUUGUUCUCCAGUUCCUCCCUGAGCUGCUCUGGUCCCUCCUCCUGGCUCCGUCUGCAGCCAGGGACCCACAUACCUCCGGCUGUAUAGAGGCCCUGCUACUGGGGAUAUAUAAUCUGGAGAUUGUAGAUAAGGAUGGACAGAGUAAAGUCCUUUCUUUCACUGUCCCCUCCCUCUCCAAACCCUCAGUCUACCACGAGCCCUCCACCAUUGGCUCCCUGGCGUUGACGGAAGGGGCUCUAGCUAAUCAUGGGCUGCGUAGAGUGGUGUACAGCGGGCCUCACCUACAGAGAGAAACCUUUACGGCUCAGAACAGGUUCGAGGUGCUGACCUUCCUGCUGCUGUGUUACAAUGCAGCUCUCAGCUACAUGACCUCCUCAUCUCUGCAGUCCCUCUGCCAGCUCAGCUCCAGGGUGUGUAUCUGUGGUUACCCGCGGCAACAGCUAAGGAGGUAUAAAGGCAUCAGCUCUCGUCUGACCGUCACCUCUGAGUUCCUGGUCCAACUCAUCACUGGGAUACAUUACGCACUGUGUAAUGGGGAGAUGGACCUGGGUUCCAAGGCGCUGGAUGAUGUUCUGUACCGAGCUCAGCUAGAACUGUACCCUGAAGCUCUACUGGUGGGUGACAUCACACACAAACACACACAGGUGGGUAAUGCCAUCAAGUCGUCCCAACAGUGUGCUGCGCUGAAGUCUGGCGCUAGUAAAGAAGGAGCUCGCAGCAUUCAGGUGGAGAUCACUCCUACUUCCUCUAGGAUUUCACGGAAUGCGGUCACGUCACUCUCUAUCAGAGGACACCGCUGGAAACGCCAUGAGUCCCAGGAGGUCAGUGUAGAUGGUGACCCGGUGACCCCUGGAGGUCAAGGGUCAUCCAUCCCAGAGAUCAGUGUGACGAUGCCCAACGGAGACUCUCUACGACCCCGCGACCCCCGACCUUUAACCCAGUCCGAGCCUGAGCCGCUGGGGUCAGCCUCAGAGGUCAGCCCCACCCACGACCCCAGUCCUAGGGGUCAGGAGGUCAGGAGGCAGAAGUCUGUGAGGCGAUUGGUGGACGAGAGUUCUGGGCCCCCCUCUGCAGGAAGGGCCCAGUACUAAGACUCUCCCCAUUCCCGGGACGCAGUGGAUUUGGGUUCCCCGGAUGAGUUGAUGGAUAUCUCUGAAGUGGACGAAGGGGUGUGGCCUACAGGAGGGGCUGGCCUGGACUCACUGACUCCACCUACCAUCACUAUCAGCAACAGCGUUACCCCUGGGGUGGGAGGGGCCAAGACAGGAAGCAGGAAGUGGCAUCUAGGCGGACGGUUGCAUAAGGAGAAGGAGGCUUGUCCUCCAGGGGGGCAGACCCUGGGCGAGAACCUGGAUCUGUCAAUCAAACGUCUGACGCUGACGUCCAGCCAAUCGGUGCCCAAGGGGCCGAGCCAUAGCGCACUGAGCAGCCUAUCGCGUACAGCCAGCGCUGUGUUCUCACGCUCCUUUGAGGGAAACAACACCGGAGGAAACCGUGGCAACCCCGAGGCUGGCCGCUAUUCGUGCAGUGGCAGCCUGCAGGAGGAGGAGUUAGGCUAUCUAAGCCCCACCCCCAACCACAACCAGCGCUCGCCCAGCAUCAGCGUGCACUUUAGGAGCGACCUGUGAACCCUGACCUCUAACUCUUGAUCUCUCACCCCCAUCUCAAUCCUCUAACCGCAUGCCCCUGUACCUGUGACCUGUAUUCCCAGCCUGCCAGAAGGACUGGAACACAUUCCCACUCCCCCUCCUUUCCUCACCAUCCCCCUUUCUUUCCUAUACAUACCAUUCUUCAUCUCCUUCUCUUCUUCUUCAGUAGGACAGCUGCCCCCUCUAGAAACUGGCUUCUCUCCUACCCUUCCUCUCUCUCCAAAGCGAGAGCCUUGUGUGAGAGCAGGGAGCCUGUGUCCAUCCCUCUGCCCUGGAACUACAGAACCACCAGACAGAUCUGCAGACUGUUUUCUGAGAGGGUUUGGAAAUGGAGUAUUUAAGACUCUUGUUUGUCCUGUUUGGCUUUCUGUACAUCCCUCCCGACCACGCCCCCAUCACCGGGCAAGUACGGUGUUUGAGCUUGUGUGUGUGGGAGCUUGCAUGUGAGUGUGAAUGCAAUAAAGUGUUGGCGACAGUUUUUAGAAUAAAGGUUGCUGAUUGCUGCAAUGAACAAGGUGUGAUACUCCCAAAAAUAAAAUGAAAAUAAAUAUAGUCUCUAGUGAAACUCUUUCUUUUCUUUUUUUUUUCUUCAGAUGCCCUCUUUCCCCUCUCCGUACUUAUCAUGCACUAGGCCCUAGUGACUAGGGUUUGAUCGAAACCUAACACAAUGUGACCUCCACACUCCCAUUGCCAUAGCAAAUAUUUAUUCAUCCAGUCUGAAUAAUUCUGCAUUCCACAAAAAUGAUUAAAUGACAGACCACAAAAAUGAUAGAAACCAAAAAUAAUCGUUAGUCUUUCAUGUUCACAUGUGAAGAGUAUUGAUUGAUGUCAUCCUACUAGAAGCAAUAUUUAUCUCUGUGGUUAUUUUCUCCCAGGUCUGAUCAACAAACAAGCUGAUUGGGGUCAUUUAUGUUUCUGAUCAAUAAAUUGAUUGGGGAUGGGUUUGUUAAGUUUGUAUGAUAAUGUAUAAACUGCUUGUAUGAUGUAAACUGUGGAAUUUUCCUAUGACUGAGAGACUUGGGUUUUUAAAUAUAGAUGCAACAAUAUAUCAAAAGCAGUGGGGCGCCUACCUGCUUACGGUAUUGAUAUGCAUAAGCAGGAAGUCACCCUGUUGUCAAUGCUGAUGUCAUAUUGCUGCGUCUACCUUUGACUGUGGUGUUCUAUGUACGGCAGACAGUGGUUAGAAAUGUGGUAUUUUCCUACGAGCGGGAGGGAGAGCCAGUUGUUGUUCGAGCCGUAUUGAAUCUCCUCAGUGUUAAAGAACAAGAAGAAUCCAACCCAAACCUGCACGAUACGUGCCUGACUCCCAAACCACACCACCACCAAACCGAACACACCCCUAGGCCUAGGAGUAGUGGUUAUAGGGGCUAGGGAACAUUGGUAUGCUUAUACAAGCUAGGGAAUAGGUUUAUAGGAGUUGGUUUGGGAUUAGGCCUGUAAACUGUCCUCUCCUCCAAUCCCUUUCUACUCUGAAGUGUCAGUACAGUAAUGUUGUGUUUGGUUGAUCUUUAUUGAGUGAUUGGUUGAUUUAACUUAUUAUAUAUAUAUUUUUUAUGUUAACAUGAACUUGACUGUUUGUCUGUUCUCUGGUUCAUCAUCACCUGCUUUAUAACAUAAUGGAAAUUGAGGAUACAGAUUUGAGGAGAGGCGCACUGGCUGAACAUUUUAAGUCAACGAUGGCACAACAGUCACACUCCAUUUGGUGGCAAUGAAGUUCACUGUGGUGCAGACGGAGAGAAGAGUGUCGGGUGUAGGUCAUGUGCUACUGGACAUCUGAAUGCAGAAUAACGUCUGCCCUACUGGAACCUUUGUUCUAGAACCAGUGUUCUAUCAGUCUGUCAGUGUUCUAGAUCUGUUUUUAUAUUCAUACGGUGGAACAAUAACAAUCAUGUUUCUGUAUUCGGUUGCUUUAUGGAAUGUCAUGAAUCUGUACAUAUUGUUCGUCUUCAGUUGUUGGUUUGGCAUUUCUGUCUGAAGAUAAUGCUCUGCUAGAGCUACUCUCUGAGAAUAAAAUCGUUCUAUAUUUCACUAUA